CAGCUACAAAUGAAAGCGCCCAGAUAACUUCGACCAGCAGUCUUCAUGCUUCCGACGACUUCUCCAUCAUCAAGAACACAUAGAACCAAACACAUUGACUGCGGUUGAGGAGCAAGAUGACGUCCAGCUCUAAGAGAAAGAAGGAGAAAAAGAAAGAUUUCCAAAAAGUUAAACUGAGGGUCGGAAAGGCUGCGCCUAAAGCUGCGAAUGGCACGAGCACAAGUUUCAAGGCAAAAUCGAUAUCUCUGAAGCAGCAGGCGCUCUCUGCAAAUGCUCCGACGAUAGAGGCACAAUGUGCCCAUCAUUUGGGCUUACUUGAUCACAAGGCGGACAAGCAGCGACAGGAAUCACUUGCCUUUCUUACUUCAGCUAUCUCAAGCACAGCCCCUGGAAGUUCUCUUCCUCAGCCUGCGUCAGUCAUUAUUCCUGCAGUACAGAGACUCAUCUUAGACUCAUCGAACGCUGUCCGCCAGCAACUGCUCAAGCUCUUCAAAGUUCUACCCGAGAACGACGUGGCCACCCACGCUGAUCAGCUCCUGCUUCACACGAGGGCAGGAAUGACACACUUGUCUGCUGAUAUCCGAACUUUUGCUUUGGAAGUCCUUCAAUGGCUGACCAGUAUCGCGGGCGACGAAAUUGUCAGUUGCGCUGGCGGGUGGGUGAAGAUGCUGAAAUGUUUCUUGAGCUUACUCGUCUGGAAAUCCGAAGGGGAAGGUAAAUGGUCCCAGGCAAAAUCUUACGGCAAGAGCGACGCGAAGCUCCAGGUGAAGCAGAUGGACGCUCUCACAGCAUUUUUGAGAGCUGGUCUGUACCACGCCCAGGUCUCGUCGAUUACGAACCAGAGCAAUUUUCCGCUCUGGCAGACGGAGCACCACAUGCUGUCUGAACGAUCAAAUGUCUAUGCGCACCUGAACUUAUUUAGCGCAACAAGAGAUGAGGAGGCAGAGAUGUUUGAAGACCGUGAGGAUCGGCAGAGGGUGUUCAAUGAUAAGGCAGAGACUGCUGUCGUUGCAGGCCUUGAGCAAGCAUUGAAAGCAGGCGGUGAAAUGGGUCGUGCAGCAGCGCAGCUACGUAAAGUAGUCAGAGAUGGCAUGGCGGAUUUUCAUAGAGAAGAGAUCAUGGUCUAGUGAAGAAAACAAUGUGCAAGUGCACGACUUUCGGCAGUUACCAAAAUCUUGUUUUACAGCGAUGUGCAACCUAUAUAAGCCAAAAUCGUGUGAGCUAAGUGAAUUAGGUUGACUUGCAGCAUAGAGGUAGACAUCCUGCUAUUACUACUCUCUGAUAGCAAGCUGCAGGUAGCUAGGCC